AUGGACUAUACCGGUGAGCAGGAGCAGGAGUUGGAAGUGCUUGAAUCAAUUUACCCCGAUGAACUGACUGUAAUUACUAAGACAUACCCUGAAGUUCAUUUCAAAGUGGACGUCAAAUUGGAACCGCAAUUGGAAGAUCCCACUACAUUAAACAAGGAGCAUACUGUGUGCAUAGAUUUCCGUUUGCCUGAAAAGUACCCUGAAGAAGCACCUAUGAUAGAAUUGGAGGCAAUUGAAGAAGGGCAACAAGAAGAGGACGAUGGGGACGAGGAAGAACCUGAAUUCGAUGAGCAUGGGAAUAGAGUGAGUAGUAAAUUUCAGAGUUUGCCCGAUCAGAUAAAUUUUGACAGUUAUUUACCCGAGUUGCAAGUACUCUUGGAAGAACAGAUCGAAAAUGAUAUGCUCUUGGGGAUGCAGAUGUGCUUUACGUUGAUCUCAUCUGUAAAAGACUUGUGUGAGACAUGGUUUGUUGAUCAAUUGGCUUCGUUGGAGAAACAACACGAGUUGGAACUGCAAGCUCGUGAGAGAGAAGAGCAAAAGAAGUUUCGUGGUACAAAAGUGACUCGUGAAUCGUACUUGCAGUGGAGAGAAAAGUUUCGUAAAGAGUUGGGAAUCGACCAGAGAGACGAAAAGAGGCGGUUGGACGCACAUCAUGGUAAGAUGACUGGUCGUGUGAUCUUUGAACGUGGCCUGGCGGGCGAUAUGGAUGAUGAAGAGGACGAUGCGUCGCUAGCAGAUACGUUAAAGAAGACUGUAAUAUAG